UACGUUUCUCACACGAUUUCCUGAAAAUCCGGUGAAUUCUUUGAAAAACAGGACUUUUCUUUGCACAGACUGUUAGAAUAAUUAGCAAUUCAGGAUGUCGUACAUGCUGCCGCAUCUCCACAACGGAUGGCAAGUGGAUCAAGCCAUCCUAAGCGAAGAAGACAGGAUAAUUGUCAUCCGGUUUGGACACGAUUGGGAUCCGGCCUGCAUGAAAAUGGAUGAAGUGCUGUACAGUAUUGCUGAGAAAGUGAAGAAUUUCGCUGUGAUUUACCUCGUAGACAUCACCGAAGUCCCGGAUUUCAACAAAAUGUACGAGCUGUAUGAUCCCUGCACGGUAAUGUUCUUCUUCCGCAAUAAGCACAUAAUGAUAGAUUUAGGCACAGGAAACAACAAUAAGAUCAACUGGCCACUGGAAGACAAACAGGAGAUGAUCGACAUCAUAGAAACUGUUUAUCGAGGCGCCCGGAAAGGACGUGGUCUGGUCGUGUCGCCCAAAGACUACUCCACAAAGUAUCGCUACUGAAUCCUCCUGGCCAGAAUCUCCUCUGCGCCUCUCAUUCAACUAAUAAUAACUCCCGUAGACACUGAAAGCGAUUAUUAAAUUAAUGUUUUGUUUACAUUCA